UUUCCCUUCAUAUAAUAUAUAAGUUAGUGUGUGCGACGGAGCAACUUCGUCGUCAAAGCCAAUCAAGCCACUCGAUUUCUUCACCUUCGAUGGCGAUUUGGAGUUUCGAUUUGCCUAGGUUAACGGAUCGAGAAGUUAUAGAGAUUCCUAUCUGUCCACGCGGAGGAGCAUCUUGGAUAGCAGAGAUGGAGGAGGAGGGGUUUGGAAACGAUUCCAAUAUGGAAUAUGUGAAGAAUUUUAAGAAAAGUGACGAGGGUGGUGUUUUAGCUGUAGCUUCUACCACUUGUUCCUUGAAAGUAUUGCUAGAGUUCUUGACAUCCCAAACGGUGAAGAUACCUGUUAGAGCACUAGACGUAGGAACGAUCACACCAGUGGAGAUCAGGAAGGCCUAUAAAAUGAGUGAGGAGGACGUGAAACAAAGGCAGACGACGAUCUUGGCGUUUGAAGUGGACGUGACUCCGGAGGCGAGUCAACUGGCAGAACGAUUGGAAGUCAAAGUAAUCUGUGGCUGUGUGCUUGAAACGCUGCUCCAACAAUUCAAAGAGGAGACAAAAAUGGAUGAUGAUGAUGAUGAAGAAGAAGCAAUCUUCCCAUGCGUCCUCCGCAUCUUACCAGACCUUGUGUUCAACAAGGAAGAUCCCGUUGUCCUUGGAGUUUUAGUUGUCCGUGGUUUCCUCAAGGUCGGAACUCCCAUUUGCAGUCUGGCAAGUGGUUGUCCGGAAAUAGGACGUGUUGUAUGGAUUGGGAAGGACCAGCGAACCGUCGAGGAUGCUAGGUUGGGCGAGAUGGUGAUUAUCAAGAUUGAACAAGGACGUAGCUUGGGAAGCCAUCAUUUGGACAUUAAAGACGAUAUUCUUGUCAGUCGCAUUUCCAGGAGAUCUAUCAAUGCGCUCAAAGCUAGUUACCGGGACGCAUUAUCUAUGAGUGACUGGAAGUUGGUGCGUGAUCUCAAGAGCCUUUUCAAUAUCAUUUAAUAA